GUUCUGACCAUCUUUGAAUCUUCAGCUAGAUAAAUUAGAAUUGCCAACCGAGGCAGGAAGGCUUUUAGUUGUAGAACAAUUUCAGUUUAAAAAACAAAUAUCCUUGGGGGAUAUCAUGGAACAAACCCAACCCCUACUUCGACAGUCUAGCGAAGACGAACAAUUCGUAUUACCUACGGUAAAUAUGAAAGGGACAACUCUGGGAAAGAUCCGAGCCUAUUGGCUAGGCUCAGUGGUGUGUAUGGGUGGGUUUCUAUUUGGAUACGACUCUGGAAUCGUUGGACAUAACAAUAGGCGGCGUCUUGACGUUGGCUUCUUUUCAGUCCGAUUAUCGCUAUGGGAGCGCCGAGCAAACGCGUACCAACGCCCUUUCAGUGAGCCUUCAGCAACUGGGUGGCUUUAUAGCAUGCUUCUUAGCAUGGCCUCUAACCGAGAGACUGGGCCGCAAGAAGUCGCUAAUGAUAUCUUCGUUUAUCUUCUGCAUUGGCGCCAUUAUUCAGACGAUAAACACUCACUCAUUAGGAGCAUUUUACUUUGCUAGAGUGGUCUCCGGACUUGGACUUGGCGCAGCGACUGUAAUCGUGCCAAUGUUCAAUAGCGAGAUGAUGUCAAAAGAAAUGCGAGGUCAAGUUGGAUCGUUCUUCCAGUGGUUUUAUACAUUCGGUAUUUUUGCGUCGUAUUGGAUAGACUAUGGCGUUUCUCGAGGCAUCAAGUCAACCGAUUCGUCGCAAUGGCAAAUCCCGAUCGGACUUCAGCUUGUACCUGCCGCAUUUCUUGGUCUGGGAAUGUUAACGGUUCCUGAAAGUACACGAUGGCUUACGAAGAAGGGUAGACAUGAGGAGGCUUGGAAAAGUCUUCGGUGGAUCCGAGCAGAUGACUCCCAAAUGACCACUGACGAGAUGGAGGAGAUCCGAUCAGGGGUUGCAGCAGAUUCUAGAGCCACUGAGGGUUUUCAUGUGCGAGAGCUUUUAGAAGGGGAGAAUUUCAAAAGGAUUUUUGCCGCGUUCGCCAUCUUCACCGCGCAGCAAGCGACCGGUGCAACUGCUUUUGCUUAUUUUGGACCGCAGUACUUCAGUCUUAUUGUUAACAAUUCUGAACAAAGUCUUCUCUUAACCGCUAUAUUUGGGGCGGUGAAGGUCGUAGCUUGCGGCGUCUUUGUAUUAUUCUUUGCAGAGCUUCUUUCUCGUCGACAAGUGCUCAUUGGCGGCGCUGCCUUUAUGGCUGCUUGCCAGAUCACUACGGCAGCCGUCGUGAAAUCUUUUCCCGCUAGUGAAGCAGGACACGCGAUAAGACCCUCUGGCAUUGCUACGGUUGCGCUUAUUUAUCUAUUCGUCAUCGCCUAUAACUUCAGUUGGGGGCCAAUGCCUUGGCCAUAUGUUUCAGAGAUUUUCCCCGCAAGGAUCCGAGAGGUCGGUGUAGCAGUUGGUGUUGCUUCGCAAUGGUUGUUCAACUUCGUCUUCACGUUGACAACCCCUUAUAUGAUUUCUUCUAUGGGAUGGGGAACUUUCUUAUUGUGGGGUAUUUUUGAUGCCGUUAUCGCAGUUCUUGCAUUUAUCUAUCUCAAGGAGACCAGGGGCUUAUCACUCGAGGCUAUUGCGCAUCAACAUUUCAACAAUGGCAGUUCCCCAGACAAUGCACCAAAUAAGAACGUAGAGGUAUUUUCAGAACAUCGAGAAGGCUAGACAGCUCGGUUAACAUAGGUGUUUUGAAUCGGUUUAUUGCCUACCGAGAAUAUCUAGAAUUGUAAACUAGGACUUUACCCAUCCAUUUUAUCCGGUAAUAUGGUCCGUCCAGUACUAGAGUAGGAUUACGCGGGGUGGCUAGUUAAGUACAUUCCAGCACCAAUUCGACCGUUUAAGAAAGCGUGAAACCCUCACUUGAUUGG